AUGCCCUACAAAGGAGGCCGGAAGAUCUCUGAAUGCAUCCCCUGUCCGGCUGGAAUGUACUGCCAAGCAGCGGGUCAAGUCAUGCCCUCUGGACGUUGCGACCAGUCAUACUUCUGUCCGCAAGGAUCAUCGUCGCCGACAGAGAAGAAAUGUCCAUCUAAUCAUUACUGCGGCCGCGACGAAGACGUGAACAACGUGGCAGCAAAUAAAAGCAUCGGUACUACAAGCAGAAAGGACUGGGUGGAACCAAAUAGACCCGAGAAUGCAGUUGAUGGAGCGUCGCGUCCCGACAAAGGAUGGCUGUCGAAGCGUACACAUGACGGCUCGCAUGGCGUUGAAAUCGAGCUAGAUGCCUACUAUGUUAUCAGCAAAUACAGAAUCUUCUCUGGAGAUGCCACAGGAACGAAUGUAGCGAGAAACUUCUUAAUUCUAGCUUGGAACGAACAAGCUGCGCAGUGGCUUCAAGCAAGCAUCCCCGUAGAAAACAAUGAUCAGGUUGAAGUUGAAGGUAGUAUCAUGGACGUGUAUACUAACAAGGCACAGGUGGUGUUCAAACAAGACCAGGUAUUUGUUGCCGAGAUUGAGCUGUACGGGACACCUCUUCCCGGUGCACUGAGCCCCGUCACCUGCCCUCCAGGAUCGUAUCAAGACGAAGAAGGACGAGCCGAGUGCAAACCUUGCCCAGCCGGCUACCAGUGCGCUGGUGGCACAGCUCAAGUGAAGGCUUGUGCACAAGGCUUCUACUGUCCAGGAGGCGUUACUAUCGACGAUGCGUUCCCUUGCCCUCUUGGAACGUUUGGACACAAGACAGGGUUGGCCUCUGCGUCCGAGUGCACGCCCUGCCCUUCUGGAAAGUACUGUGGAGAACGAGGGCUGGCGCGAGAGAGUGGAGAAUGCUCCGCGGGACACAUCUGCUGGGAGGGAUCGUGGUUAGCAGCGCCUUUUGCGGGCGAUGUUAAUCCGGACCUUGACGGUUCGCCAGUGCUUCUUAAUGGCCAGUGCCCCAAAGGAUUUUAUUGCCCACAAGGCACGCCUUUUCCACAGCCUUGCCCGAAGGCGACCUACGCUGCGUUUGAAGGAGCCAAAGACCCGUCAGAAUGCACCCCCUGCGCACCGGGAUACGCCUGUCCGUCCAAAGGAGAUGUUGUACCUUGCGGUUCUGGCUACUACUGCACUGGUGCAGCAGACUCAGCUUGGCCAUCUGAUUCAAUUAGAGGGGGCAUCUGCAGCCCUGGACAUUACUGUCCUGAAGGCUCGUACCGUGAGCAGCCGUGCCCCCCGGGGGCAUUCAGCAGUAGGGGUCAAGUAGAGUGCACAAGGUGCACGGCCGGGUAUUACUGCGACACGCCGACGACGGCAGUUGUGAACCAACAGUGCACCGCGGGAUAUUUCUGCCCUGAAGGAUCGGCAUAUCAGCGUCCCUGUCCUCUUGGAACGUUUUCGUCCGACAGUGGAGCGAGUGCGUGCAGCCUCUGCACUCCCCGAUACUACUGUGAUGAUGUUGGACGCAAAUCCCCCUCCAACCUUUGCGAGGAAGGAUACGUAUGUGGAGGAGGAGCAAUUGGGAGUCGGCCGUCGAACAAGAUUUUUGUUGCUGGUGACAGUGACCGUUUUGGUGCAUGCCCCCCAGGACAUUACUGUGUUAGUGGGACGGACGAACCUACGCCUUGUUCUCCAGGAACGUAUCAGGACUCCGGUUUCGCUUCCUCCUGCAAGCCUUGCGUGCCCGGGAAAUACUGCGGUCAGGCAGGCCUCAGCAGACCCUCCGGCGACUGCGCUCCCGGGUAUUAUUGUCUCGAAUCAGCCGCAGUGCCGAACCCCACAGACGGCGUCACAGGUGGUGUUUGUCCCGCUGGCUGGUACUGUCCAGCGGGAUCAUUCGCUCCGAAAGCGUGCCCGCGUGGACAGUAUACCGAUGCUGCAGCGCAGGGCGAAUGCAAGCUGUGUCCUACUGGAUCCGCAUGCUACAGCAACAGUCCACAGCCAUCACUGUGUCCUCCUGGCCAGAUCUGUCCCGCGGGAUCUUCUGGCGGAACGACUUGCCCACCCGGAUCUUAUCUCAAUGUCGUUGGCGAUGAGAACAUACGACACAACGUUGACUUUGAUUGCAGUCCUUGCCCAAAUGGAAAGUACUGCCGUGCAGGUCUUAUCGCUGGUGACUGCGCCCCUGGGUACUUGUGUGCACGCGGGAACGCGUUUGCCCACCCGAAUGCGCUAGAAGGACGAGCAGACUUUUAUAUACCACCGGAUGUAUCAUCAAGCGGGAACUACCAGAUCAUCAAUUCCGACAACUGGUCAAGUGACCAACCACUAUAUGGCGGAAUACCCUGUCCGCCGGGACAUUUUUGUGGAGGUGGCGUCACAAAGCCCGAGCCAUGCCCAAAGGGAUCCUCUCGCGUUGCUGCAGGUGGACGAUACUCAGUUGACUGCUCUGAGUGCCCCGCUGGGUUUUACUGCCCAGAAGCCCUGAAACCGGCACCGUGUCCCGCAGGUCACUACUGCCCCGCAGGUUCCCGGUACCCGAUACCGUGCCCGGAACGCCAUUAUAGUCCCGCAGAGAAAGAAUCGGAAGCCGGUGCCUGCCGUUUGUGCCUCGCAGGCUACUACUGUGAGGCCGGCCAUGGGGCCUUGACAAGCGGCAGUUUGUGUCCAGCAGGUUUCUACUGUCCCACUGGAACGGGUACACCGUAUCCUUGCCCUGCUGGUACUUACGCCCCAUCAAGGGGUAGCAAGGAGCCAAGCCACUGCGUGCCAUGCCCAGCGGCGCAUUUCUGUGCUCAAGGAUCUCCACAGCCCACAGGGGAAUGCCCCUCGGGCACGUUCUGUCCCCAAGGCACGUCUGUACCCCAGCCUUGUCCGGCGGGUUUCUCUUGCCCCGCAGGGGCAACUAAGCCUGAUAGCUGCCCACCAAGUCACUACUGUCCAGGCGUAUUAGGCGAGGCGUUGAAAUGCCCCCUUGGGACGUACUGCCCCGUCGGUGCGCAAUUCCCUGAGCUGUGUCCUGCAGGCACGUUUUCGAAUCUCGUCUCCGCCGAGAGAAACACGGUCCAAGGGGGCUGCACGCUAUGUCCCAAGGGAAGAUUUAGAGAACACGGCGCCAGCAACGUUUGCAGACCAUGCGGAGCAGGUCAUAUUUGUUAUGAGGGCUGCUCAGCUAUGUACCCAACAGAUAGGGUGAACGAAAAAGGCGAGAGAUGCCCUCCUGGUCACUAUUGUCCCCAAGGCUCCUUCGAACCAGUCCCGUGCCCAGCUGGUACAUACAAUCCGUACGAAGGGAAGGGCAAUAUAUCGGAUUGCUUCAGCUGCACCAACGGCUCGGUCGGUACCCGUACUGGACAAAGCAGCUGUUCGUUUUGCGGUGGAAGCUCCUCGACAUCUCCUGGAGGAUCGCUUUGCCAAUGCAUUGGCGCCAACAGAGUGUUUCAGCGAAGCACGCGGACCUGCGUUUGCCAAACGGGCUACAUCUACGUCGAGAAUGGCAUUGAUCUGUCGGACCAGGAUGGAAAGGGUGACUGCCAGGAGCAGGCUUACGGUGAAUGUGACUACGGAGAAGUGCGUGACCCGGAAAAUAACUGCACUCUCGCUGACGUUCUCUGCAAUACCCAAUGCGGCCAACAAGGAGGGGUGUACGAUGCUAACUACCAGCGAUGUCUCUGCGCGAAUAUGUUGACAGCUGAGGAGGUUUGUGAUGAGACUUGUCGGCGGCGAGCAGGCAGCAUGAUCAUUCAUAAUGGAAACUUGGUUUUCACUGACAGCUAUGGGGUAAAAACGUCCGUCUUUUCCAUGGAAACUCUUGAGGGAGAUGCUCAAGUACUGGCUGGAAAUGCACAUUGCAGUCCAGACAGUGAGCUCGGCUGCAAGGUCACCAUACAGGAAGUGUCUGAAGAAGGCAUUCGCGGCCUGUUUGCUCCGCCACGUGAUCUAGAAGUUAUUAUCAAGCGGCGAAUAGGUGACGGAGUCUCUUCCAGACGCACUGGCUCCAGGCACUCCCUACUGAGAUUUCCUACGAUGGCAUCCCUAAAUCCAUCUGUCGCAUACUUUGAUCCCUUGUCGGCUGAACAUCCGUCAAGUAACUCGGGCAUUAUGAACCCGAUUCAGUGCAUUACUGCCGGAACAACGGUCGCCUGGCUCGUGCGACCAGGGGAGGGAAAUAUAGCAGCUCCUCGUUAUCCCGUUUACCUGAAGAAGGUAGCGACAAACACAGUGAAGGAUUUCGACUAUGGAUUAUUCACGAAACUUAAAACAGACCUACUAGCAGGGGUGAAAUUGUUGAUGUUUGCGUACACGUUUGACAAAGCCGGCGUCUACUCGUUUGGGUUACAAGAAAACAUAUUUCAUUACAGUCUGAUCAAGGUGGUAGACGGUGUAGAUGACAUCUGUCCACCUGGAUUCGAGUACCCACAACCGCAGACUCAAGAAACACUUGAGGCGCUAGGAAUAUCUGCAGCAGGCACCGUGCACCUGGCACCUGCUUGGACGCCGAUCAGCGUCGCGGUCGUAGGUGUCGUCGCGGCAAUCACCGUCGCUGCUAUAUUUUCAUACUUCUUCCGCAAAUACUUUUGGGUCUUUCCGAUUGAGGCGGAAAAGGUCACUGUUACGAAGCGCAGCUUACUCCAGUAUGUUCGCGACAUCCUGCUCUGUAGGGUGAAUGAAGAACCGGAAGAAUCAGGAACAGAUGUCCCUGAGGACGUCGAUCCUCGUGUUUUUCAAGCGGCGUACGUGGAGUUGGUUAACAUUCAAAAUUGCAUCGCAGAUGGACUGGCCGCGGUCAUUGGCGAGCACCACGAUAGGCAAAGGCUUCUGAAAGACAGAGAAAUUACAUUCAGGCACGGUCUCGGAACGUUCUUGAGACGAAUUCAGGACCAAACUGAGGAAUUAACGAGUUCACAGGGAUCCAGCCGGCACAGACUCGGCAUGGCAGCGUCGCUGUUUUUGCUGCGAAAGGACAGUCUGAGUGAGUUUGUCCGCUCAAAGCGACUGACUUCACAGCGUGAAACGACAAAUACCGGAGGAUCGGAACGUCCAACCGCAGAAUGGCAGCCCUCCUCGGAAAGAGCCGACCGCAUUGCAAAAGCGCGGCUGGUUUCCUCGGCGAAUAUUGGAGCUGAAUUCAAAACUGCUGUCAAGGAGCUUUCCGCUUCGCUGAAUGGUGACUGGAGCUCAGAUGAACUAUCGUCUCUACGCGUCUACUUCAAGGCACGUGUACAGGAUUCCCCGGGCAUUGGCGAGGAAUAUGCGAGCGCUGUUGGUGCUAUGAGCGACAACCACCUGACUCACUUUGUGAAACAAAUCAAGAGAGAUGCGGAGCACAACAUGCUGGAGGAGUCGUUGAUACAAGAACGUGCUGAGUUUGCGAAAUCCAGACAAGAGAUGAUUGUUGAAACGGAGCUCACUCUUAUGAAAGAGUCUUUCGAGCAAAAUAAGAAACGCAUCCAGUGCGCAGCAAAUGCGUAUAAGUCCGUUGUGGAAGCCCACAAUGCCCUUGGGGCAAUUCUAUGCUCGGAAACAAAUGAGGCUCAGUCGCAAGCCGCAUAUGCUGGAUUCGCCGGCAAGGUGGUUGACGUUAUUACUGAAAUUGAGAUGGUUUUAGGGUCCUGUUAUGAUCGAAUAAGAAACGCUUUACAUGCGCAAUCAAAGCACCUCGCCGCUAAACUGGACGAUCUGUGUGACAACGACGAAAGGAGACUAGAGCAGCUGCUUGAACAACUUGAACUGGAAGAGGAGGCGGCCGCCCAGUUCUCAUGCAGGGAAGAAAGCAAUCGAAUCGAACAGGCAUAUCUUGAAUUCAAACGACAUUGGAAUUUGCGACUGAAGCUCACAUUUGAGGCUCGACUCUGCGCGUCUUUAAAUGCUCUUGAAGAAAAGGCGUUUCCUUCUUUGUCGUUAUGUACGACAGCAGAGGAGGCAGCGCAGAUCGAGGCAACGUUCGUCAGUGAAAAACAGCGAGCGACUGCGGAGCUUGAGGAAGCGUUCUCAAGAAAGGAGAAGGACGGUCUCGAUGCUGCAGAGUCAUGCUUCAGAAGUCGGAUGCAGCUUCUGCAAAGAAGACAUCGGUUGGAGCAGCAGCUUCGACAGAAGACACACCAGCGUGAUAAGAACAAGGAGGUCUACAUCAGUCAGACGGCCCGACAAGAGGCACUCCUAGUAACUGAAGAACUGCUCUUGUGUUUCAGUAAAUUCCUCAAGGUGAAUCUUCGCAGUAGCAGAGUAACCCGCUCACUCCUGCCUGUCCAUACAACAGCAGCUUCGUAG